UUCCACUCUGGGUAUUUUGGACCCUGGGGAUACUUGGACACCAUGUGCGCCUCGCCCACCUAAUGCGUGGGGCUUUUCCUGUCUGGUUCCAGGGACAAAACAGUCAUGGACAAAGGGGUCGCUGUAGGGGAUCUCAACACGCCACGUAAGUGAUUCUGCCGUAAGGAGGAAUGCAAAUAUUCAACGCUAUGGGAUCUUGAUGCACGAUUGCACCUCAUCACCUGCUGAUGUGAGCAUCCGAACAAUGCUGUCUGCCCGCAAGACUGCCAGCAAGUACUACCGAACAGUUUAUUAAAAUUGCCUUCGUCAAAAUCCCUACUCAUUUUAAAACUAAAUGUUUUCAACCCUGUCAUUUUAAAACACUUUAUUUGCAGUCAUUUUUGCGGUACGGAGCCCUGGGGCAUCGCUUAUCAGUGAUGGGGUGGAGGCGUGGGGGUAAAAUCCCCAGCCUUCAGUCUGUGUGAAAAUAUUACAAAGUUCAACUGAAGAUAACAGGCGGUAGCACCAAGUGCAUAACCUCCAAACCUUCUCACUGUUGCUGCUGCUCAGCACAUUCUCCCACGAGAUGAAAACAGGAGCUGGAUGGUGAAUUGAGUUAAAGAUUAAGGUUCAGAGUGCUGAGACUGAAACCACGUGGGAGGAAGUGCAUGUUGACACAAAGACCGGUGAACAUGUGCUUGUGAGUUUUUCUGCUGCCGAGUGUUUUUAUGUGAGUGACCAUGCCGGAGCCGCAGAGCAAGUUUUCGGUGCGACGCUGCCUCACCUUUGCCACAGGCCUGCUGGAGUGUCUCUGUUUCGCUGGAGCUGUGUUUGGGUGGGCUGCCCUUGUUUUUGUCCUCAAAGAAGACCGUUACUUCAGCUUUCUGUGUGUUAACGGCACAGGCGUCAACGGCACGCAAACUCUGGACUGCAGUGCACAGGAUGAACAGUUCUCGCUCAUUUUCACCAUCGCCUCUUUUAUGAAUAACUUUCUGACGCUGCCCAAUGGUUUCCUGUUUGAUCGAUUUGGUACCACAGUGACUCGACUCUAUGGAAUAUUCCUUUACACCAUGGGCACCUUGAUGGUGGCUUUCUCCUCCUCAGCUCUGGCCUACCUGCUCUUUCCGGCUCUUUCUUUUCUGGCUGUUGGAGGCAUCUUGCUUCUCAUGACAAACAUGCAGGUUGGAAACCUGUUUGGCUCCCGCCGUUCCACCAUUAUCACUCUCUACAACGGGGCAUUUGAUUCUUCCUCAGCGCUCUUCCUCAUCGUCAAGCUGUUGCAUGAGAUUGGUGUCUCUCUUCGUGCCGCCUUCCUCUUUCUGUCGGCCUGCAGCGUCAUCCACAUCCUCAGGACGUUCUUCCUGCUCCCCAGAAACCUUAUUCCUUACCCGCUGCCGGAUCGCUACACAUAUGGAGUCUCUUGUGGUAAAUCGGUGACUGCGAGCGCAGAGGUGGCAGCAAAUGGUGAGGCUCUUCCAGCAGCUGAAGAAACGCCUCUCACAAACAAUGCUCCUGUCAAACAAGGUCCAGUAUUUGACAAAAAACACGAAGACUAUUAUUUACAUAUCUCUUUUAUCUGGCGUAGAUUUAUUUCUUUUUGUUGUUUUACUGCAUUUAAUAACUUUGUGUCUCUUUUUGCCCUUUCAGAGAAGACUUUCCGAGAGUGUUUGCUGUCCAGGUUCUUUUUGUGGCACCUGCUCUGGCUGUCGGUGAUGCAGCUCAGGCACUACCUGUUCAUCGGCACGCUCAACCCCAUGCUGCAGCGGCUGACUGGAGGACAGCCCUCACUGGUGAGCCAGUACACCAACGCCUUUGCCAUCACCCAGCUGUGUGGAGUGCUGUGCGCUCCCUGGAACGGCCUCAUCAUGGACCGACAUAAAGGCAAACCGCGAGCUGCAGGAGAGACGGAGCAGGAAGCUGAUCUGCGGGCGUCCGUGCUUUCUUUAUUCCUGACGGCGCUGCAGUGCGUCUUGUUCUCUCUGUGUGCCUCCACCCCUUACCUCCCACUUCAGUACCUCACCUUCAUCCUGCAGGUGCUGAACCGCUCCUUCCUCUACGGCGGCAACGCAGCCUUCAUCAGCGUGGCGUUUCCAUCUUGCCACUUUGGGAAGCUGUACGGUCUGGUCAUGGCUCUGUCUGCAGUGUUUUCUCUGCUGCAGUAUCCCUGCUUUGCUCUGGUGAAAGGACCUCUGGGUGGAGAUCCUUUAUACGUGAACGUCGGCCUGACGCUGCUCAGCGUGUUAGCCUUCAUACAUCCCGUCUUCAUCUACAUGCAUUGUCGAAAUCUUGCCUCUGAGAGAGCAAAGAGCAAAGCCUCAUCUUAAAGAGUGCAAAACGAGGAUGGUGAUUUCUCUUUAAAGCUUUCCACCAUGGUGGUCGAGUAUCAUUUCUUUUUAUUUUCUCCGAAGAGUUUUUGCAGCGCUAGUGGCUCGUAUUUUUUCUACAGUAGGCAGACAGAAAGGAGGGUGAGGAGAGGGGGGAAGACAUGUUGCAAAGGUCGUCGGGACCGGGAGUCGCCCGCGUCGAGGACUAAGGCCUCCAAACGUGGGGCGUGCUAACCCCCUGCGCCACCACAGCACGCCCCCGAGUAUCAUUUCUUGACUAGAAACUAAAAGAACUUUAUUUUCAGUAAAUUUUGUGAUCAUUUUACAGUUUCACCUUAAACCAGAGUUCUUUAUACAGAUAGUCCUAAGUGUCCCACACAGGCAUAAAAUUACAAAUCCUCACAGUCACACUGUCAAGCUGUGCCGAUCUGAAAUCUCAGGAGCAACCAGCUAAUUCCAGACCAAAGUGUACCGUCUCAUGCAGCUCUAAAAGAUCUGUGUAUAAUACAGGGCUUGUAUUUUAUCCACACACUCAACCUGUUAGAGCCUUUACACAAAUAUGAUCAUGUUUCACUACUUAGUUUAGCGGCAUUUAGAUAUAUGAUGUCACAGUUGAGGGAUGGAAAGCAUGCAUAACUAAUUAUAAAUAAUUAAAGCCUUGCAUGUAGAUAAAUAACUUGCUGUCCUCUUCUAGGGUAAAAACAACCUUUUCACAGAUGGCAUUUGGCUUAAAACCUGCCAUCCAUGAAUAAUCUCAUAAUCUGGUAGCGUAAUGUUCUUCUACACUCUGGGAUAAUGACAUUAAAAAUUAUGCUUAUGCAGUCAGCAUAUCAGAUGCCCAUUACUAUGGUAAAUAAAUACAACUAGAGAAAAUGUAGAGUUUUGGUCCAGCAGGUCUUUUGUCACAAAUUCAAUGUCAACCUCCAUAAAUCAGGAAUAAUGUGGAAUGACAAUCCUGCUGAUAGCAUCUUGUUUUUGCAUUUCAAACAAAUUCUUAAACAAGCAAAGAUGCAUGUAUACAAGUAGAGACUCCCUGUCAGAUCAAGAAAAAGGGAUUUUAGAUUAAGAGGGAGAAGGAAGAUCUACUAAAAAAGUGAACGUCUGUUUCUCUCCUUUACUCUUUGCAAGUUUCACUUCAUUCCAACAACCUUUUUAUGUGUUUACUCAGUCAUCUGAUGCUUGAAGUAACUCUUUUCUUUCUUUUUUGCACAGAUAUUCUGCGUUGGUCAUUCAUUGUUUUUCUGCGUAGGUCAGUCAUACGUUUUACUUAAACAAAUUUGUUGUACGUUUGUUGUUUGAUGCCUAAUAUGUGCCAUUUAUUGCUGAAAGGGAAAAUGCGUUCAUUUUUAUUAUGAAACAGAUUAAGGACCAUUGCAGUGACCGUAAUAACAACGUGUUCAGUAUAAAAGUUACUCAGCAUAGAUUUGAACAGCUACAUCAGAGAGGAAACAUCUCUGCCCUCUGCUGGCUGCACAGCAGAUUUAUUUCCUUCUGACCAGAAAAACAUUUCUUUUUACUACGUUGAUGUCGUGUUUUUGUCCAUUAUGUGGAGUGUCAUUAUUUCAGUGUUUUUAUGUUAAACAUGGACACAUAUAGACAUACUGUGUUAAAAUGUGUAAAGGGUCAAAAAGGGACAUUUUAUAUUCCGAGGGAAAGUGCCAAACUAAAGCUGAUUAGUAUUUUUUUAAAUGAGAUAUUGAUAAAUAUUGAUAUGGAUAUAACAUUGCUGAACAAAAUGUAGCUUUUGAUUAAAUGUGUGAUGAAGGGAAUUAAUGUUCUUCACAUUCUGUUGCUUUUGUUAAACUGAGGUCAACUGCGACCUACAGGUUGUGAAAAAAAGUGCAAUUGUGAGACAGUUAUUUUUUGUUUUUGGGCAUGUGCACCGACUGAUGGCACCCUUUGAAUUUCGUUGUCCUUGUGACAAUGACAAUAAAGAUUUAUCUAUCUUAUCUUAUCUUAUCUUAUCAAUUGUACAGACACGUUUUUACGUACAAAAAUCCAUCCUGAAUAAAAACCUGAUACAUUUCAGUUAUCAAAA